UUUGCUAGAGAUGGAAUUUCUCAGGAAAGGCAGGAACUACACAUCAGGGAUCCUGUCAAGUACGGGCCCAAGCUACGCAACACCCGCAUAGAUAAAUUUGCACCCGACACAAAGACGAUGAAGAAGUCUCCCUGGAAUCGUGCAUUGAUUCACAAAUUCGCAGCCAAGGCAGAAGAAAUUGUUAUGAACUGUAAAGACAACCGGUUUGGGCCAGAGGCUAUCGAUUGGGUUGACCUAUUUUCGGAUCGAUUCUAUGAUAUCUUCAAGCAGGUUAUAAAAGCU